AUGGGGCGUAUAAAAGUUCUAAAUGUGGCUGAAAAGCCAUCGGUUGCAUCAGCAAUUGUUUCGAUCCUUAGUAAAGGGGAAAGUAAUAAAAAAAAAAGUUAUAGUAAAUAUAAUCCUGUAUUCACAUUUGAUUAUAAAAUGGAAAAUGAAACAUGGUCGAUGUUUGUAACAUCUGUAACGGGUCAUUUAACAGAUCAAAAAUUUGAUGAUAAAUACAAGAAUUGGAAUAAUACAGAUCCGCAUGAACUUUUUGACGCUAAAAUAACUAUAUAUAUAGACAAAGAUAAAAAGCCUAUUGAAAAUAAUUUAAAAAAAUAUUCAAAAGAUUGCAAUGUUUUAAUUUUAUGGUUAGAUUGUGAUCGAGAAGGAGAGCAUAUUUGUUUUGAAGUAAUAAAUGCAUGUUCUGUUACUAAUAAGAAGUUAAAAAUUCACAGAGCUCAGUUUUCAGCUGUUACAGAAAAAGAUAUAAAAUAUGCAAUUAACAAUUUGAAGUCCCCAAAUAAAAACUUGGCUCAAAGCGUAGAUGUUAGAAGAGAAAUUGAUUUAAGAAUGGGUUCCAUUUUCACUAGGUUUAUGACUAUUCGGUAUUUUAAAUUAGUACAAAACGACACAAAAAUUAUUAGUUACGGACCAUGUCAAUUUCCUACAUUAGGAUUUGUAGUAAAUAGAUAUCUACAAAUAAAAAAUUUUAACAACGAAUACUAUUGGACUAUCAAAAUGGGAUAUCUAUAUCAGGAUAAAAAUAGUAAUAAUUCUAAUCUCUUUUUGGACAAUAUUGGGAAGAAUAAAAAAGAGCGCGAAAAAAAAAAAAAAAAAGGUAAAAAAAAAAAAAAUUGCAGCGAUUAUUAUAGUAGCGAUGAUGAUGCAAAUAAUAGUUAUGGUAUAAACAAUAGACCAUAUUCAUCAAACACAAAUUACGUUGUAGAUUUUACCUGGUCUCGAUUAAAAUUAUUUGACCAUUUAGGAGUUGUUUUAAUUUAUGAAGACUUGUUAAAAAAUCCUUUAUGUAGGAUAUCAAACAUUUUUGAAAAAGAAGUAAAAAAAUAUCGACCAUUCCCUCUAAAUACAUUACAAAUGACUAAACUGGUUUCAAAGUAUUUUCAUAUAUCUUCAAAAGAAUGUAUGAAUAUAGCUGAAAAGUUAUACAGCAAAGGUUAUAUUAGUUAUCCUAGGACAGAAACUAAUUAUUUUGUAGAUUCUAUGAACUUACGAAAAAUCAUACACGAAUUGAAAAAAAAUAAUAUUUUUGGUAAUUAUGCUACGAAAUUAGCUGAAAAAAAUAGUUGUAAGCCUAGAAAAGGGAAAUUAAAUGAUAAAGCGCACCCCCCUAUACACCCAGUUAAAAAUAUGAACAAGGCAAACAAUGUUGAUUUUAAAGAAUGGAAAAUAUAUGAAUUUAUUUGUAGACAUUUUUUAGCUGUUUGUAGUGAUGAUGCAAUAGGUUUUGAUACAAAAGUUGUUGCUAAUAUAGGAGAGGAACAAUUUUAUUGCAAAGGAUUAAAAAUAAAAAAUAAAAAUUAUCUAGAAAUUUACAUAUAUGAGAAAUGGAAUGAUAAAAUUUUGCCGCCUUUUCAAAUUAAUGAUGAGUUUUAUCCAUAUAGUUUAGUAGUCGAAGAAGGAAUAACACAACCACCAAAAUAUUUAUCCGAAUCUGAUUUGUUGUCACUUAUGGAUAAAUAUGGUAUAGGAACUGAUGCAACAAUGCAUGAGCAUAUAGAAAAUAUUCAAAAACGAAAUUAUGUUUAUAAAAAUUCUAAAAAUUUAUUUAUUCCAACGAAAUUGGGAAUUGCAUUAAUAUUGUCCUAUAAAAAAUUUAAAGAUAUAGGUGUAGAUUUAACCGAGCCAUCUUUAAGAGCUAAGAUGGAAAGAGACAUGUUUUUAGUAGCUUCAGGUGAAAAGGGAAAAAAUGAAAUUAUAAGAAAUUAUAUUGAUAUAAUGAAAUAUAUAUAUCAGGAAAUAUACAACAGGAUAGAUUUACUCGAUGAAAAUAUCAAUUAUUAUAUAAAUAAUCCAAAAAUACAGAGUUAG